GGAGCCUGGUUAUGUUCAAGAUCAGUGCCACCAACAGACUUGAUACGACUUGAAAAGCACCUUGUCCGAAGAAUACAACGAUGAUCGCUAUACACUAUACAAGGUCAAGCAGACGUGUGCAAUGUCUUUUAUCUCCCUUGAAAAUGCCACAGAACGUUGAUUAGUGCGCUGGGGAAUCAUGAAUAUUGCUUUAGCUGAUUCAUUUAUGAUAUAUAUUCAACAGACUCAAAAUCAAGUACAUGCAAUAGUUGCACGAGUCAUGGGAGAUACGUCUAGUAUGGCCGCAUCAGCUGGUCCACAAUGUUUCGCAUACCCUGGAUUCCUGAUUGCUCCAUGGCCCUUACCAUAAGGUGUAAAGACGUGGAUGGUAGCCGCUUUAUAUUUUUAGAUACAGGAGUCAUACAAUAUGGAGGCUUAAUUAAAGCUAUUACUUUCAAAGAGCAUGCCAGAUCUAACAUGUCAUUUGGGUACUAAUGGAGAAUAUGUAAUGUACCUAUAAAAACCCAGAGAUGUUGAAGCACGCACUGUGCUAAGAAACACACAUUUGAAUCUGACGACGAAUCGAACUUUAUAAUCCGAAAGAAACAGUCGUGGACACAGGUCAUAAAGAGGUAUUGUCUAUUGAGCCUACAACAUGAAAACAAGGCAAGGCCCUCAAGCUGAGAAUGACGUGCUGCUAAACAGAACAUGGCGAUGACUUCUGCCCCAGGGAAAGGGAAAAUGCUGUCACUGCUGGAGCAGCUGGCUGCGGCAACUUAUUUGGCAGAGAACGAUGAAAGCAUCCGGUUACUGACGAACGUCCUUUUGGAGGCGAAAGCAGUGAAAAAAAGCAGUUCAACGUGCACGAUUCAAAGACGUCACCAGAAUUCCAUCAAUGGCAUGAUAGAACAUUCAUGGGCAUGGAACUGCAGUGAUUUUUUCGCUGGAGUAUCUACUGGGAGCAAUAGAAUAGCUGGCCGUCGGCUGUGUUAUCACUAGCACGAUAUUGCUAUUGUCUUUGCCCUAGCAUGCCGCUUUUGUCACUGCUUGUUGUCUGUAUUUAUCUCAACGUCUAGCUGUGCUUUGCCUC